UAUUCUCAAAACGUACUUAAAGGAAACCCAUGGCCAAACAUCAAGUCUUUCAUAUUAAAUUAUCAUUUUCAUUAAGUAAUUCCAAGCAGACUCAAAUUACAAGUCUAAAUUGUAAGAUUACCUAUACAUAAUGUCAUCACACGGUAGCUCCAAUACUGGCUCUAAGACAGCCACAGGAAUGUCUUCACAAAUACAGACACCCGCCACUGCUGGCAUCGGCGAGGACAAACCCAAGAUGUUCGAUGCCCAGGGCUCUAUUGGCAAACAAUUUACCGAAGACGGAGCGAUUGGCGGUACAGCACAGAAGAUCGGUGGGCCUUUGGAUAAAGAGGGUAUGGUUGGAAAACAGUUUACUACGGAGGGUAGUGUCGGUGGAUCCGUACAGUCAACUCUCGGGGGUCAAGGUAGCAGGAGUAAUUAGAUGAGGGAAAAUACGAAAUUACCUUGUAUUAUAGGAUGGCUUUGGAUGGCUAAGGUUUAUUUCUCUCUUUGAAUCAACUAUAUUGUUAAUUAUCCAUAUGAUGGCUGUAUUAUCGCGUAGUUA